AUGAAUAAUAUUGUUAUGAUUCUGAUUUUUGUUAUAAUACUCUCGAUACAGAAUAAUCAAAUAUACGCACAAACACCAUAUAUGGUUAGCAUACCUCAAUCUUCAACAUGGUUAGCGUGUAGUGAACAAGAAACUAAUUAUAUAAGUUAUUCAGUAAAAGUCACAAGCGACACAACUACAACGACUUCUUACGACAAAAUACAUCCUUUCCCUAUAAUCUCACCCAAAAAUUACACACAAAUCGACGUAGACGGAGUAAAAUUGUUAGUAGCAGAAGGAGGCAUACAAACAGUCGUGGCAGAACGAACUGACAUAAAUAAUUAUUUCGAUGGACUGAGAUUUAAGAUGUACACACCCCUUAGUUGUUAUCAUAAUCACAGAACAAUGGCCACGACAAUACUUUGCUCGCAUUCUGGUAGUAUAGAAAACGGAGGAAAAGAUGCAAAUGGGAUUAAUUUAUGUUUGGCUGUGACGAAUCCUAAUGAUAAUUCAGUAGUCGCUAAAAUUCAUGUCAACUUUAAACGACAAAUCGAUUCUUCUAAAAGCGCGAAAAUUAUUUUGCAAGAAAUAUCAGAGAACGAAAGGCCAUCAUCUUCAUCACCAAAGAAUAUAAAGGGGUUACCGAAUGAAGGAGCAACAACUGUCAGUGAAAAAGGUGAUAUUUUAGAUUUUAGCGUAUGCGAAGACUUUUCUGUGACGAAUGAACUAAGCAGUUUUCGAUCUAUGUGGGCUUCCGAGUCUUCAGGUAGUAUUUCUUCUUCUGGGAAUGGUGCUAGUGGCAGAUCUGGUAAUAGUAAUGGUGGCGAAUCUUCUUUUGGUGGUAGUUCCAGAAAUUCAAAUUUAUUAUCAGCCGCAUGUAAUCAUGAUGGGAAUGCUCAUAUUAUCUCAAAGCAACAACGUCUAGAAGAGAAAUCUGCAAUUAAUAGUAAUGAGCAUGUUAAUUUAGAUAUUGCAGUUGACCCUUCAAAUCUUAUUGAAAGUGUAAAAUUUACAGUAUUGAGCAUCUUUUGCGAUUGGAAAGAAGAAGAGCUGGAGUUUUCGCGUUUUAAUAAUGGUUUGACUAAUUUAGUUGUAAAGUGUCGUAACAAAGUCAAUAGAUUUGAGAUUAUAAUUCGUGUAUACGGAAAAAAUUCACAAAUAUUUGUUGAUCGCAAGCAAGAGAUUCGGAAUAUGUUAGAAUUGUCAAAACUGGGAUUAUCAGCUCCACUUUACGCAAAAUUCAAAAAUGGACUUAUAUACGGAUUCGUAUCUGGUGAAUCUUUGACUCUUGAAAACCUUAAGGAUCCAUUUAUUUCGUCUCAAAUCGCAAAGAAACUGGCAACGCUUCAUAGAGCUGUUUACCUGGAACGCGAAAUCGCUAAACUAAAUUCACCUAUUGUCUUUUGUCAUAACGACCUAUUGCAUACAAACAUAGUUUAUCAAGAAUCCGAAAAAAAGAUAUCGUUUAUUGAUUAUGAAUGUGGAUCUUUUAAUUAUCGUGGAUUUGAUAUCGGCCUUCAUUUUAAUAAUUUUGCAGGCUUUCAUUUUGAUUAUAGCUUAUAUCCAACGAAAGAAUUUCAAUUCGUAUGGCUACGACAUUAUCUUGAUUCGCUUCACCCAGAAAUAAAAAUUACAGAAAAACAAGUGGAGGAACUUUAUCGCGAAGUAUCGAAAUUCGCGCUCGUCUCACUUUUUUAUUGUAGCGUUUGGCUCAUUUCGGAAAUUACAGACACAGAUUUAGAUUUUAUGGAAUACGCGAUUAAAGCUAUGAACAUGUAUUAUCGUCGACGUGAAGUUCUCGCGCUCUGA